GCUCUCCUCGGGCAGGGAGCGAUGGCCGAUGAGAUCAGCAAGGCGCAGGUGGCCCAGCUGGGCGGGGACACGAUCUUCGGGAAAAUCAUCCGCAAGGAGAUCCCCGCCAAAAUCAUCUUCGAGGACGAGAAGUGCCUUGCAUUCCAUGACAUUUCUCCGCAAGCUCCAACGCAUUUCCUAGUGAUCCCCAAGAAGCCUAUUGUUCAGUUAUCUCAGGCACAAGAUUCUGAUGAAGCUCUUCUUGGAUAUUUAAUCAUUGUUGGCAAGAAAUGUGCAACUGAAUUAGGCUUGACCAGGGGAUACUGAAUGGUGGUGAACGAGGGGCCAGAUGGUGGUCAGUCUGUCUACCAUGUACACCUGCAUGUCCUUGGUGGUCGUCAGUUGGCUUGGCCUCCAGGUUAAG